UAAACGAUAUAAAUCUAGUAUAAAUUAUAUAAAAUCAAAAAAAUUUGCAUUUUACUAUGUCUGAAUCUGACGUUAUGGAUGUCUCUGAACAUUUUAUUACGCCGUUUUCCUUCGAGAAAAAUCUCGAAGAAAUAAGAAUUUCGGUUUCAAAUUUGACUGUUUUGUAUGAAGCACUUCGAAUUAUGUGUGUUGAUGAAAACUACAGCAUGGAUAAACUUGGAACAAAAACGUGGUGUCGAGUGUCAUAUAAAACUCUGGAUGCCCUUUAUCAAAUACAUGAUGAUCUUAUAUUGGAUAACAUAUUGCCAAUCGUUUCCACAUCUUUGACUUUGGUGAUGCAUGAGGAUUAUUUUAGAUAUACCACAUGUGUAAUAUCUAAGCUGCGUGAUGAACUAAAAAUGUUUAAUGACUCAUCAUUCUGUGAAUCUAAACAUGACUUACUUGUGAAAUGUGUGGAUAAUACUUUAUCCUAUUUUGAUGUGUUGAUUGAUUUCAUCAACAAUAAAAUACUAUCGUCUAUAACAACUUAAUAUGUAGUUAUGAAAUAAUAGAGAAGAAAGACUUAUGAAAAUAAUUAUAAAUAUAUGUUAUAUGACUUAAAAGAGUCGUUUACCAAAGGAAUGAUACUCAGGCAAUCAAAUCUGGAAGAACAAAUUUUCUUAAUUAUUAAUUUUUAAGCUUCAUUAUUAUGGACUAAAAUGAUUGUGAGUUUGCUAAGAUGUUCUACUAGCAUGUUUCUAGUAAAGUUGUUGAACAAACUUCAGAGAGAUAUAAAGACUGAUUAAACUAACGAGGGGAGGACGCAUCGACCGGGAAGCGGUUUGGAACGAAACUUACGGAGUUAAUAGUACUUGACUACUAAUAACUCAUGGUAAUAGCAUACGACGCAAUAUCUUCAUUUUCGAGAAAAAACGGUCUAAAGAAAAGAGCAAACAAAGUGUACAA